CAUGGUUGGCAGCAGUGCAGUUAGCAGAGUCAGCAAACAGAGCAAACAGUCUGGGGGAACGGACAAAGGCAAAGAACUAACUGAACUGAAAAGAGAUGGAUGGUGGAGGGAAUCAUUAAGACCAACACCAAUACCAGGAUUUUACCCAGUCAGAGAUUUUCUUGAGGAUGCUCAGCUGAAUCCAGUGAAUCAAACAUAUAAUUUUAAAGGCGAAGGCAGAAAGAAAAUGUCCAUCUACCAGCAGAUCCAUCUACCUGAUAUAACCCUCCCAGACACGUGCGCUUACCUUCCUCCAUCAUUUGUGCAACUAGCACAGAAAAGACGAGUAACUUACUCUUUUAAGAACACUUCAAGGCAAAGUCCCAUAAGUUUAACCUAUAGAGACAAGAACAUAAACACAGAUCCUGGGCAAUAUAAUCUCUUUCCUCUUCCAGUACCCACUUAUCCAACCAAGAAUUAUAUGUUUCGAUCUGGAGUCCAAAGGUUUCCCAUUUUUGGCCCGAAAGAAGGUCCAGGCCCUGGUGAAUAUGAAAUAAAAGAAAGUCCACCUAUAGUUAUACGGUCAUGCUUCCUGUCAAAGGUGCCACGUUUGCUGCCAUCUCAUACUAAAACACCUGGACCAGGAACAUACUGGCCUACAAGGCAAUCUCCAAAACAACCCAGAACCAUUGCCAGUAUGGGACGGGAGCACACAAUCUUCUUUAGCAAUACUCCAGAGUUUUAGAGUAUGGAGUGAUGUCAGUAUAUUAAAUUCUAUGGGCACUGAUUCUGAAAAAAAGCAAAGUCCCUCAGCUUUUGCCAUCUAAUUGGCUAUUUUUAUUCUUUUGGCCUUUAUUCCCUAUCAAUACCAUUGUAUUCCCUAAGUUUUGUGGUUCUACAUAGUUUCCGGAGUUUUUCUAGCACGCUGUAUAUUCCUGUCUGUAGCAGGACUGGAUGCAAUUUACCUGAAUUCACCUGGGAAUAAUUUUUACAGAGAGCGACCUUUAAUGGAUGCAAGAUCUCCAUUAGAAGAAAAAAGAAUACAGACUGCAAAAUAACUUUAAAAUAUUUUACAUUCUUUCCCGAAUUCAGAAAAAAAGGAUAGUUUGCUGGCAUUGUUUUUAUAUGCCAUGACUUUCUAUUUCCAUAUCUAGUCCACCUGAGCACUGUAUUUUACCUGCAAGGAGCUUGUUCCAUUGUAGAAUCACAGAAAUCAAUGGAGCUACUCUUGAAUAUAUUGAUUCUUACCAACGCUGCUCUCAUUUCAGAGUUUUCAGCAUUGAUAGGUAAAAAUAUUUUAUACCCAUUUAAAGGAUGGCACCUUCUAAGCUAGAGACACAGCUACAGAACUGUGAAAAUGUAGAUGUUUUUAUUAAAAUAAUUGUUACAAAAAUGUAAGAAUUUUCUUGGUCUUUUUGAUGAAAAUCAUUUGUUUUGCUUUACUUUUACUCUUCUUUCUGAA